AUAUGACUUUACAUUGUGUGAGAAGACUCCAUCAGUCGGGGGCCCAGCUUGAGAACUGUCUGAUCUUCGUCCAGCCACCACUGUUACACUCUUUGAAAUAUGGAACGGAAUCAAUUGAAAAAUCGAGCCGUUUUCGUCGUUGCCGUCGUUGCCGUUAUGGCGACAUGGGCCAUGGGCGGAGUGGACGCAGACUCGCACGGCGCUCCGCUGUCCUCUUGCCAAGACAUGGGAGCCAUUCACGCCGUUUUCCCGUCCCAGCCAGUGGAGACUUGUCCCUUCGGCAUCACUUUUGAUCAGAUGGAGAUAACGAAUGACGAAAGCCUCACUGUUACUCUGUCACUCAAGCCAGGCUUUCUAGACACUGAAGUCAAACGCGGCCCAGAAAUCCCUGGAUAUUUUACAGGCUACCUCCUGAUGGCGUUCGAUGCAGACAACGAGACUGCCGGACCGAUCGGUUAUUUUACGGAAGUCAAUCCUACGAAAGGACAAUUCCUGGAUUGCUUCGACUUGAUAAAGAGUGCCGUCACACACGUCAACGCUAAUUUUAAGCCAACCGUCGAGGUAGUGUGGACACCUCCCGAGGAUUGGGAGGGAUCUGUCAUUUUCAGGGGUUCUUUCACUAUGAAUAUCGCCACGAUAUGGGCUAAAGUGCCAUCAGAAAUCGUUCACGUUACAACCGAGCCAGCGACAACAACGACUACUACACCGGCCACGACCACCGUCACGGAGCCAACGACUACCCCAGCCUCGGCAGGACACUUGAGUGGAAGUUGGGUGAUGACCAUUUUUGCCAUCGCCUUGGCAUCUACACCUUUCCUAGUGUAAAAUUAGCAUUGGCAUUUCUCCUGUGCUUCAAUCCCCUUAUACCCUUAUUAUACAUGAUUUUCUCUGGAAUGUAGACGUCUUCAAUGCAUGUUCUUAUUCCCCUCUAAUAUUACCUAAUAAUUUAAUGGGGUAUAUUUUUACCCAAAUAGUUUAGUUAGCUCUCUUGUUUUCGUCUCUAUGUGGCCCAUGUAUUUGUAUACCGGCAGCACCAAGUCAGAUAGAAUGAAGAUAAAAUAACCAACCGGGCAACCGGGCCGCGGGACUUGUCAACUCUGAUGUGGAAAUGAGCACCGGCGCCAAGCUUGGUGAUACAGGCCAACAUGUCUGAUGUGUCUGUCUUGACAGGCGACUAGCAGUGUCUUCCAUUUGAUUACUAGUUCAAACAGGACCGGUGUUUUCCAUCACUUGGGGUCGAUAACGAUUGGCUUUGUGCGUCAAGUCUAAUCGAGACCUUGAAGACGUGUACCACCUAAUCAAAGACGGC